CCCUCCUAUUACCACCGUACCACACUCACAGCCCCCCAUGGUCGCCGGCGUACAGAUCCACUCUCAGCACGCCCAGCAGGCGCAGACCGAGAUCCUCACUGAGGACGCACUGACGUUCCUCGCCGCGCUGCACAGAACAUUCGAGUCUACGCGCCAGAGUCUCCUCGUCGCCCGCGAGGCCGCUCAACAGCGUCUCGACGCUGGGCAACCCCUUGACUUCCCUUCCGAGACCGCGCACAUUCGCGCCGACCCGUCAUGGCUUUGCGCUGUACCUGCACCUGGUCUCGAGGACAGGAGAGUAGAGAUUACAGGCCCAACCGACAGGAAGAUGGUCAUCAACGCCUUGAACAGCGGCGCGAAGACGUUCAUGGCAGAUUUCGAGGAUGCGAACUGUCCCACGUUUGCCAACAUGCUCAAUGGUCAGGUCAACCUGCGCGAUGCUAUCAGACGCAAGAUCGACUUCGAAUCCAAUGGGAAGGCUUACAAACUGGUGGAGAAACCUGCUGUCCUCAUCGUCAGACCGCGCGGAUGGCACCUGGACGAACCUCGGGUGACCGUCGACAACGCACCUAUGUCAGGCUCGCUCUUCGAUUUCGGCCUGUACUUCUUCCACAAUGCAAAAGAGCUCGUCGCGCGUGGCUCCGGGCCGUACUACUACCUUCCGAAGAUGGAGCAUUACCUCGAGGCAAGGCUCUGGAACGACGUCUUCAACUUCUCGCAGGCAUACAUUAGUAUGCCGCUCGGUACCAUUCGUGGGACAGUCCUCAUCGAGACGCUACCGGCGGCCUUCCAGAUGGAUGAGAUCUUGUUCGAGUUGAGGACGCAUUCAUCCGGCCUGAACUGCGGACGGUGGGAUUACAUCUUUAGCUUUAUCAAAAAGCGUCGCGCAGACAGGAGUGCUGUGCUCCCUGACCGAAAGGAUGUCACCAUGGAGGUUCACUUCAUGGAUUCCUACGUGCGCUUGCUCAUUCAAACGUGCCAUAGGCGCCGUGUUGCUGCAAUGGGCGGUAUGUCUGCGCAGAUCCCGAUCAAGAACGACCCCAAAGCAAACGAGGCUGCCAUGUCGAAAGUGCGCGCGGACAAACUGCGCGAGGUCACCGCCGGCCACGACGGUACAUGGAUUGCGCACCCUCUGAUCAACCAAAUUGCAACGGAGAUCUUCAACAAGCACAUGCUUGGACCCAACCAGUACCACAUCCGUCGCGAAGAUGUGAAGGUCGCAGCAGCUGACCUCGCCAGCACCAAGGUCCCAGGCCAGAUCACCACGGACGGCGUGCACUCGAACGUGGCGACCUCGCUCGCAUACAGCGCAGCAUGGCUCGGCGGCAAUGGCUGCAUCCCGCUCAACUACCUCAUGGAAGAUGCCGCAACUGCAGAGAUCACGCGCGUGCAGCUCUGGCAGUGGGUCAAGUACGGCGUGCGCAUAUCAGACACCGGCAGCGUCAUCACCGCGGACUACAUCGACGGCGUGAUCGACGAGAUCGCACCGACGCUCAAGGGCCCGGCGGCGACGGAAAAGAACCUCGACAUCGUCGCGAAGUACCUGAAGAGCCAGGUGCGCAAGGAGUGGCCGAGCGAGUUCCUGACGAGCGACUUGAUGGGCUACCUGGCUGUCGCGGAUGGCUGUCCCGCUCAGUGGCAGCGCAGUGUCCUGUAAAGUGUUGGCCCCCGCACGCGAGCUUCCUUUCCUCCUACUGUCAUUGUCCGCAUAUCCGCGUAAUUGUAAGGUAUUGUCUUCAUGUGUAGCUGUAUUUGUAUCGGCAAUCGGAAUAUAAUCAUCACGAUC